AUGACGGUCGCUAGCAGAUUUAAAUUAGCCGUUCUCGGGUGUGAGAAUCCAACAGUACAAACCAGACAAUAUACAUCAACUGAGUCUCUUCUAUCAUCGAAGACUGUUAUAAUUGUUGAAGGACGUGCCACUUGUGAAAAUGACGAAUUAAGCGAGCUUUAUGCUGUAUUUCGAGACACAAUUGUGCCUGUCAGCCGAAGUCUAGAGACGGAUGAGUUUCAAGUGACUUUUGCUGAUGAUCACAAGAAACUGCCAAAAGGCUACUACUCUAUCCGCUUCUACGACGAUGUUGGUUACUUAAAUUUACGCAAGGCACAAAGCCAAAAUAUGCCACUGGAUCAAGUUAAACCCGUUUUCACGGUAGACGUGUAUCACCCCGGUAUUUGGUUCAGUCCAGUAGUUCACUCUGAGACUGUCGCCUUGCUUGCUGUCGCUCUUGUCGGAUUUGGUGCCGUCAUUACGAAGAACAAAUUCUUUUAA